CUGCAGGCCUGUCCUUGGCAUUGAUCAGCUGUGCUGUAUUCACAGCUGCGCAGAGACGUCAAUCCAGCCGACAGCAGAAAUAAAUUCAUUUGAGCUACGGGGCUGCAUCUGCGAAAAUGUCUUCCCAGGCAGAGUUUGAGAAAUUGGCAGAGGAUGUGAAGAAGGUGAAGACGAGGCCUACGGACGAGGAGCUGCUAGAGCUGUAUGGCCUUUAUAAGCAGGCAAUGGUUGGAGAGAUUAACACAGAUAGACCAGGAAUGAUGGAUUUCAAAGGAAAAGCCAAGUGGGACGCCUGGAACUCCAGGAAAGGAAUGUCCAAGGAGGAUGCCAUGUCAGCCUACAUUACACUUGCAAAGGAAAUCGUCAGCAAAUGUGGCAUGUAAGGCGUGCAAUGAAUUGAAGAGGCAUGAUUAAUGCAAAACGAAAACUCUACUAAGUCAAUAACAAUGAAACAGUGCUACUCUUUAUAACACGCCUUCUGCUUUCUGAGUCCACAAUUAUGCUGGAAUAAGUGUAAUUUUAAAUUUUGCUGUGGUUUAUUUUCAUGUUUUUUAAAUUUUUUUACAUAGGUUAUUAAUUAAACAACUUCCAUGCAUCCUUUAAAGUUAGAAAUAUAACAUUUGCUGAUUGCUAUUUUAUCUAAUGUAUGUAGUUUAUUCUUGUAAUCCACAUGUGCACAGUAAUACACGUGCACUAUGAUAUGUAGCUUGAUUCCUUGUGUAACCAGGACAAACUCAAUGCUGUCAAAUGUGAAAAUAAAACUUCUUUGUGCACUGUU